AUGCAGUCCUUCUCGAGACAGAUGCGCCCGGCAGGCAAGCUGCUGAACCAGGCCGCCAGACGGUCCUACAGCGUCUCCCAGGCCGGCCCCUACUCCAAGACGAUCGACAACCUGCGCAUCAACAGCGACACCAAGGUCAUCUACCAGGGCUUCACCGGCAAGCAGGGAACCUUCCACGCCCAGCAGGCCAUCGACUACGGCACCAAGGUCGUCGGUGGAACGAACCCCAAGAAGGCCGGCCAGGAGCACCUGGGUCUCCCCGUCUUCGGCAACGUCAGCGAGGCCGUCAAGGAGACCGGCGCCUCUGCCACCGCCAUCUUCGUCCCCCCCCCUCUGGCCGCCGCCGGCAUCGAGGAGGCCAUCGCCGCCGAGAUCCCCCUCGUCGUCUGCAUCACCGAGGGUAUCCCCCAGCAUGACAUGGUCCGCAUCACCAACAUGCUCAAGACGCAAUCCAAGACCCGCCUCGUCGGCCCCAACUGCCCCGGCAUCAUCGCCCCCGGCCAGUGCAAGAUCGGCAUCAUGCCCGGCUUCAUCCACAAGCGCGGCCGCAUCGGCAUCGUCUCCCGCUCCGGCACCCUGACCUACGAGGCCGUCAACCAGACCACCCAGGCCGGCCUCGGCCAGUCCCUCGUCGUCGGCAUCGGCGGCGACCCCUUCAGCGGCACCAACUUCAUCGACUGCCUCAAGGUCUUCCUCGAGGACGAGGAGACGGACGGCAUCAUCAUGAUCGGCGAGAUCGGCGGUUCCGCCGAGGAGGACGCCGCCGACUUCCUCCGCGCCAACAACACCGUCAACGGCGGCAAGCCCGUCGUCUCCUUCAUCGCCGGUAUCUCCGCGCCCCCCGGCCGCCGCAUGGGCCACGCCGGCGCCAUCGUCUCCGGCGGCAAGGGCGGCGCCGACUCCAAGAUCUCCGCCCUCAAGUCCGCCGGCGUCAUCGUCGAGCCCUCGCCCGCCGGCCUCGGCAAGGCCCUGUACGACGAGUUCGUCCGCCGCGACCUCCUGUAA